AUGGACGGGGAGGGUUCUUACAGUAGUUCCACUCGUCGAAGGUCGAAAGGAGUGGUUAGUUCUGGUUAUCGAAGGGAUCCUCAAAAUUGUUACUGUGGCAUUCCGUGGAUCGUUAGAACAUCAUGGACCGAAGCAAACCCAGGACGUUGUUUUAGGAAAUGCAGGCUAGCAUAUGAGGAUGGUAGAGGGUGUAAGUUUUUUGAAUGGGUGGAUGUUGAUUCUUGUAUGAAGUGCAGAGAGUUAAUACCAGGACUUCUGAGGAAGAUAAGUAAGCUUGAAGAUCAGUUGAUGUUGUAUGAGUCAAAUGAAGAUUUGAAAGAAUUCAAGGACAUUCCAAAAGGAUGUAGCAAUGUUCAGGAGUGUGAUUGUGGUCAUAUAUGGUUGUUGAAGAACUUGAAAACCAUUCUCAUUACUAUUUGUUUUGUAAUGACAUUGCCUUCUUUGAAUCAAAUUGUUUGCAAUGGCAUUAUCUUUUUUUGGUAUGAAACAAUUUGUAAUGACAUUGCCUUGUAUGAAUCAAACAGUUUGUAA